GACCUUCCAGUUGGAGUAAAACACAAAGCUAAACCGCCGGACAACUCAACAGAAAAUGGUUCUGAUUGGGGACCCAUUUUUUUUUUUUUUUUAAUUGAAGGAAAAUAGAUACACAGACACACUCAAACACACACACAAAUCCCUUCUAUCUGUGGGAAUCGUGAUCGGCAUCGUCAUCUUCAUCUGUGACGCCAAAGUUAUGCAACAACAACCCUAAGAGAGAUAAAAUUGGAAACUGUGUGUCGAAUCCAUCGGCGGAGGAAAAGAAGCCGGUAGAGAAGAAGCCGGUCCUUCCGUCGGAGAUGAAGGGCCUCUUCAAGUCUAAGCCUCGCACCCCCGCCGACGUCGUCCGACAGACCCGCGAUCUCCUCCUCUACGUCCAGCGCGGCGCCUCCGAUACCCGCGAGAGCAAGCGCGAGGAGAAGCAGAUGUCGGAGUUGGGUAAAAAUAUCAGGGAGCUUAAGUCAAUUCUUUAUGGCAAUAGCGAAUCAGAGCCAAUUGCAGAAGCUUGUGUACAACUGACCCAGGAGUUUUUCAAAGAGAACACGCUACGGCUUCUGAUUUUAUGUCUUCCGAAAUUGAAUUUGGAGGCUCGAAAAGAUGCCACUCAAGUUGUUGCAAAUUUGCAAAGGCAACAAGUUCAGUCAAGAUUAAUUGCAUCUGAUUACUUGGAAGCAAACAAAGAUCUAAUGGAUAUCUUGAUAGCAGGGUAUGAAAACACAGACAUGGCUCUACACUUUGGUGCAAUGCUGAGGGAGUGCAUACGUCACCAGAGUGUUGCAAGAUAUGUUUUGGAAUCUCAGCACAUGAAGAAGUUUUUUGAUUAUAUUCAACUUCCGAAUUUCGACAUUGCUGCAGAUGCUGCUGCAACUUUUAAGGAACUUCUGACCAGGCAUAAAUCAACUGUUUCUGAAUUUCUUUCUAAGAAUUAUGACUGGUUUUUUGCAGAGUAUAAUUCAAAGCUACUGGAAUCUACUAAUUACAUCACCAGAAGACAAGCUAUCAAGCUGUUGGGAGACAUAUUACUGGAUCGCUCAAAUUCAGCCGUAAUGACACGAUAUGUGAGCUCAAGAGACAACCUGAGGAUUCUUAUGAAUCUUCUCAGAGAGUCGAGCAAGAGCAUUCAAAUAGAAGCCUUUCAUGUGUUUAAGCUAUUUGCUGCUAAUCAAAACAAACCUACCGACAUCAUCGGCAUACUUGUAGCAAAUAGAAGCAAGCUUCUAAGGCUGUUUGCUGAUUUCAAAACUGAUAAAGAGGAUGAAGAGUUUGAGGCUGACAAAGCUCAAGUUGUGAAAGAAAUUGCUUCCCUGGAACCUAGAGAGCCUUGAGACACCACCCAUGAGCGAGCUUUGUUGUACACAGUCAUUGGAGUAUUUGUGAAUUGUGAAUCAUAUAGUCUUACAGCCAUCAGCACGACGCACUUUCAAUAUCCGAGACUUUAUUUUCUAUUUAAUUUAUAUCCUCUAGUUUCUAAUGAUCCUGCUCUGUAAUCUAGAUUCUAAAUGUACUUCUGUAAAAGGUAGAUAAAUAAGCCGAUGAAAUGAGUUUAAUGCAGCACUUAGCUGAAGCAGAUGUUUGAAUAGUUUAACCAAGUUAUUGUGUGAUUGUUCAUUGACAACCUUCAUUGUGAAGUAUGAAGAGAUUUAUGGAGCUCACUUUUCAGUCUA